AUGGGUUCAAAAAGUCUAACAGGCCGGGCGUUCUGGUUAUUUACACAAUAUUUCACACUGGCGCUCGGACAGAAUUUCAGCACUGUUGCAGAUACCGUCCUUUGCAAUGGAAAGAUCUAUACUCUCGACGCCGCAUCUUCGCAGAUACAAGCAUUGGCAAUCAACGAUGGAGUCAUUGUUUUCACCGGCAGCGACGAUGCCGUCCAAUCUUUCAUCGGCUCAAAUAUCACAGUCAUCAACCUUGACGGGCGUAUGGCCAUGCCUGGUCUCAUCGACGCGCAUAUGCAUACAAAAGCCGCCGGUGAAGCACUCGUAAAGUGUAACCUCAAUUACGCGACACUUGCCAUUGAGCAGGUUCUGGAGCACCUGCAAAAGUGCAUAGAUGCUGAGCCCGAGAAGAACAACAAAAGCCAAUGGCUUGAUGUUGUCAACUUCGACCUGAGUGGCUUGGCAACCUUGGGCGGCUUGCCUACCAAGGCGGACCUGGACAAGCUCAACACUACACGGCCGGUCAUCCUCACCACCACGGAUCAUCACACCUACUUCGUCAAUUCCGCUGCUCUCAAGAUUUCCGGUAUCAACGCCUCGACUCCGAAUCCUGCCGGAGGCAGAAUUGACAGACUUCCAGGUGGUAAUGAACCAUCUGGCUUGCUUCAAGACCAAGCCUACGCCCUUCUUGCUGGCCCCAAUCCUCUGACGCAGGCCGAGCAGGUUGAAGCCGUUAAUGCUGCCCUUCGAGAGCUAAGACAAGCCGGAGUCACAACGUUCCAGGAGGCUGUAGCAACCCAGAUGCAGCAUAGUCUGUUCCUGCAAGUCCAACAAAGCGGAGAUCUGAGUGCCCGGCCUUACUUCGACUAUCAGGUCACUCCGCCUGCUACGGUAGAUGCCGUAGAUGCAGUCAUCAAGGAUGCUAUCAAUGUUACGACCACGUUCAACGACAAGAGUCAGGUUGGUCCCAAGCCGGUCCAGAAGUGGCAAGCUAUCAAGCUGUUCAUGGAUGGCAUCAUUCAAUCACCUGCCAAAACAGGAGCAGUGCUCUCACCAUACCUCGAGCAAGUCGGGAACUCGUCUGAAUGGACUGUUCCUCCGAAUGCGACGAUCGUGGAGCCUUACAUACAGCUGGAGCCGUUAGCUGCUCUUCUCUGCCAAUUGGCCAGUAACGGCAUCGACGUCCAGCUCCAUGCAGAUGGCGACGGCGCUGUCCGACGGGUUCUUGACGCAGUCGAGCGGUUCCGUGAAAGCUUACCUAACGUGACUGAUUACAAGAUCGCCAUCGCGCACGCUGAACUUUCCAGUCCUGACGAUUGGCCACGUUUCGCGGAACUCGGUGUCGAUGCUAUCCUAAGCUUCCAGUGGGCUCAGCCAAGUGCCACUUGGCAGCCGUUGACCUUCAACGCAAUGGGGCCCGAUCGCAUGCAAUAUCUGGAGGCCUUUGUGGAUAUUGCUUCAGGGGGGCGCCCAGUAAUCUAUGGAAGUGACUGGCCUGUAAGAUCCUUGUUCCCACUGAAUAUCAAUCAAGUGAAUCCCUUGCUUACGGAUUAUGGACAGAUCGAUCCUCUUGAUGAGUUCCUCGCACUCAAAUCCGCAGUUACCCGUCAAGGAGACCCUGAAAACUCUCAUUCACCCGCAUCCCACGGUGCGCCUUUCAACACUUCUACCUUCCCAGGCAAGAAGAUGGAACGUGAGCCUGCACUUCGGGCAAUUACUAUCGAGGCGGCCAAAUUCCUCCGCGCCGAUAGCAGCAUAGGUUCUCUCGAAGUGGGCAAGGUUGCGGACGUCAUCAUUCUGGAUCGUAACUACUUUGAGGUCCCUGAGGAGGAGAUCGCUCGACAGAAGGUUUUGUUGACGAUGCUCGGUGGAGAAGUCGUCUAUGUGGCCGAUGGCGCCGACUUUAGCGAAGUUGUCACGCCCAAGUUCCCCAACAUCAACACGACCUCCGCUGAUGUCAAGAAUGUCGGCGGCUUUGCUGGAAGGCGCAUGUCAGAAGAGGCUAAAGCGUUACGCGCACAGGUCGGAAGACGACAUGCAUGCCACGAUUGA